AUGAUCACAAACACACUAAAAAACAAUGGAAAAUUUUUGUAUAUUCAGAAAAGACUAAAUUUUGAGCUAAUCCCUGAAAAAAACAACUACAAUGACGUGAUUCCAUUCAGUUUCACGGAAAUUGACAGAAUCGUAAAAAAUCGCACAAAUAUACAUGAAAAGUCACUAAAAAUAGAUAUUAAACAUAAGAAUGUUUUUUACACAUUUAUUAGGAAAACGAAUUCCAUAAUAUAUUCAAGUUUACAUUUGAAAAAAACAAAUUCGUCUGAUACAAAAGAAGAUUCAUUACAUUCCUCGUGUAUUAAAGAAGAUUCAAAGAGUUUCCCAGUAAUUAUCAGAAAUGAACAAAUUGAUGAUGAGACGAUUUGCGAGAGAGUUGAAAAAAUACUUGGAUUUCUUACCAAGGAUAAUUUGAUAGUUGUCCUCCAGCGCUCACUCUCUGCACAUUUUUACCUAAAGUCAAAGUGCUGGAAAAGACUCUCGACAUGUGUACUAAGGAACUGCUUUUUGAGCGAAGAGAAGUUAAAUUCCACAGAUCUAGUUAAAAUUUUAUCAUCCCUAAGUAAGUGGAGAUUUACGAAUUUGUCAGAGUUCGAAAAAAAACUUGACCUUCUAAUACUGAUAAAUGAUGAUUGGACAUUGUAUAAAUCCUCCCAAGCUCUGUGGAGCCUAUCUCACCUAAACCUAUUUUCACUCAAGGCUUUUCAGUACCUAAACGCCAAAAUAAUACAUCUUCUAUGCUCAAAUAGCAACCAACUGGAACCUAACACUGAUUUAUACGAGAGUAUUCACAGGAUCUGCUCGUCAAACUUGAAUAAGUUGUCAAGAACGGGAAUAGCCAGUCCCGUUCUAUCCUCCAUAACUGAGUAUUUUGAAAGGAAUGUAGAAGUAUUAAAGUGUUUGGAUACCAAAACAAUGUUAUCUUUAACUUCACUAUUUCCAUAUUCUUCUUAUAAUGACAAAUUGGUGACGUCUGUACUCGGAUUACUUUUGGGUUCCUUUCACAAAUUUACACACGCUCAAGCCUCUCAUAUUUUAUAUAACUUUUCCAUAAUUCAUUCAGAUUUAUCAACUACAGCACAACAUCUAGUGGUGAAACUUCUGUGCAAAUUCAGAGAUUUGAUACUCGCAUCAGAGUUUACCUUUAUACCCUCAAUGAUCUCGAAGUGCCUGUAUACCAGUAUACUGUUUUUAAGUGAUCUUGAUUUGAAUUUCGUCUCCAUGUUCCUCUCAGAUUUGAACGCUAAUUUACACCUCAUAGGGCCAUUUUCCCUUUUCGGAAAUCUUUUGUGUCUAAACCACAUCAAAUCUGAGUUUUCAAGGCAUCUGGAGCCAAGGGAUGCCAAGAGUAUAGUUAAUACAAUGAAUAAACUAAUAAAGGUUGACGAUCUCGGAAAUUUAUGUAAGCUGGAUAACGAAGUGUUGAAACCUCUGGAAAUUAAACUAUGGCAUUUAUCAGUUUUGAAUGCCAUUAGCUGUAUCCCAAUUACUCCAAAGUUCAUUUCGGAUAGAAUUUAUCUAAAACUUCAUGAGUUUUACGAGAUCUGUGACUCAGAAAAUCAUAUGGCCACAAUGAAGAACUUUGUUUUGUUUCUCACAAACUCAUUUGGAAAUCGUGACCUUGUCGACACGAAUCUCAAGAAUCUGACACUUCUGACUUCGUCCAAACUCUUCGAGUGUUCAUCGGAGAAUAAUGAGAUAUUAUGUGUAUAUUGGGAUUUGAUCACGUGUUAUUUAUCAUGUUUUGAGAUGCUUGAUGUAUUUAAGCGAGAGGUCAAAUUUGAUGUUUUACCAUCAGAUUUCGGAUCAAAUUUCAUGGUUUUGAGAAGUUUGCUUAACCUGUUGAGUUGUGCUUUUAUAAACGAUGAAAAGGGACUUAUAAGUUAUCUAGAGAAAUUAGCACAUGAAAAGGAAAGGAAACCCGAAAAUGUUGAGGUUAUAAUAGUAAAGUUUUGUCUAUUAUUUACUAAUUUUGACUCAAUCAGAGAUGAAUUGGGUCUAAAAUUUGAGGAUUUUUAUAAAGCAAAUGGAACAAAUGAUAAAGAAUAUGUUGAGAAUUCAGAUAUUGGAUUGAGUGCAGAAGCAAAUGAUUAUGUAAAAAAGUGUGUAAGGACUCCAUGUAACCAAAUCAACUUGGGAUUUUUGAGGACUAAACUGUUCUUUCUGCAGGAUCACCCAAGACAUUUUUUGCCACUUCUACCAUCUAUAAUUAUUGGAGAAUUACUCUCAACGAGUGAUUAUAGGGGAAAGGUGGAUAUAUAUCAAAUUGGAAAAUGGCUUGAUGAAGUAAAGGGUUGGGAUUGCCUUUCUAAGCGAUUAAAUAAUGGGAAUAUUGAGGAAUACAGAGGAGAAAAUGCAGAGGAAAUUGAUGGAAAUGGUUCAAAGUUGGAAAAUAAUGUAAGAAUCGAGUCAAUGUAUAGUAAUUGGAAACAAAGAGAAAUGGAAAUAGAGUAUGUAUUAAAGGAACAAUAUAUUGGACCAUGGUUAUGCCCAUAUGUAAUAAAGGGGAAGGAGGAAGGAAGUAUUCUAUUGAUAUUUCCAAUGGAUUUUAGAAAUAAAAACAGACCUCAUGUGUUUGACACUAUGAGAAGAGAUUUUCUGUCAAAAUUCGGAUAUAACUUCAUUGAACUGUAUUAUAAUUAA